AUGGAGGUACAAACAAGCGGCAAGCCGAUUGACUCGCUUUUGGAGAGGGUCCUAUGUAUGAACAUUCUCUCUUCCGAUUAUUUCAAAGAGCUUUACAGGCUAAAGACGUACCAUGAAGUGAUUGAUGAAAUUUACAAUCAAGUUGACCAUGUGGAACCAUGGAUGACGGGUAACUGUCGUGGGCCGUCAACAGCCUUUUGUCUUCUAUACAAGUUUUUUACCAUGAAACUCACAGUCAAGCAGAUGCACGGCCUAUUAAAGCACAAAGAUUCACCUUAUAUUAGAGCGAUUGGAUUCCUGUACUUGAGAUAUGCUGCAGAUCCUAAGACACUGUGGAACUGGUAUGAACCAUAUAUUGAGGAUGAUGAGGAAUUUUCUCCAGGAUCCAGCGGAAGGAAAACUACCAUGGGUGUUUAUGUUCGCGAUCUGAUCCUUGGACAGUACUACUUUGAUACCCUAUUCCCCCGAGUUCCUGUCCCUGUAAUGCGUCAGGUGGUGUCUAAUCUUGAAAAGAUGAAACUCCCCGCCAAAUCAUCAGGCUCAACAGGGGAUAAUAGCCGCCAUGGCUCAGAGGAAACUGCUCGUCGGCCGCCUUCUGUGAAGGCUGCACUUUCAGUUUCAUUUGGUCAGCGUGCUCCACACCGUGCAUCAACUAGGGACUCAUCACCUGUUCGCCGAACACUACCACCACCUGUUGCAUAUGAGAGAAGUACCAAUGAUCAACGUAGAUCUCCCAGCAGCUGUCACAGCCAGAGCCGUGACAGAGACCUUUCAGAUAGGGAACGGGACCGGGACCGGGACAGGGAAAGGGAUAGAGACAGGGACAGAGAUAGGGAGAGAGACAGAAACAGAGAUAGGGAGAGGAGGUACGAUUAUGACCGGAGGUCCAGUUAUGGUGACCGAGAAAGUAGAAGGGAUUAUGAAAGGAGCAGCAGAGAUGAUAGCAGAUAUCACAGGGAUCGCAGCGGUAGUCAUAGAAGUCGGAGUAGGAGUCGUAGUCGCAGCAGGAGCAGAAGUCGAAGCAUGCAGGGAGGAGUCCCCACAACAUUUGAUCGGGAGGAAAACAAGGAGAAGAAGAUAAGUACCUCCACCCAUCUUGCGAAACUAAAGGAUCUGUAUGGCGAUCUGAGUGAUGAGAAAAAAGGUGAUGCGGCAACGGAGAGGGGUCCUAUAAGAGAUAAUGACGGCGGCGAAGAGGUGAUUAGACUAGGGGGUUCUAGUUGGAAGUGGAAAUAG